AUGGCCGCUCUCUUGGCCACCUCAGCAGGCGUCCAGAGCGAGGAGGGUCCGAGCCCCAGGGCCACAGACAACCAGAGAGUCACGGGCAGCACCACGGACAACGACCCGGCCAGCACCACCGACAGCACCACCACCCACAGCACCACAGACAGCACCCCCGACAGCACAGCCACAAGCAGCGCGGCCACAGAGCCCAUCAGUUCGGGCAGAGAGAACGCUGUGGGCAGUGCCACAGUCAGGGACGAUGCGAGCGCCACGGCCAAGGUCCAGAACGCAGAGGGAGGGAGUGCCCCAACCACAGCCACGGCCACGGCCAGUGCCAGUGCCGGGGGCAGGGCCGGGGGCGGGGGCCCAGCCAGCUCUCCGGGGCAACAUUGGCAAGAGUGGCGGAGGCGAGUCUACUUUCGAGAGGAAUUCGAAGACGGCGAUGGAUGGAAAAAACGAUGGGUUCAAUCUAAAUAUCAGUCAGAUUAUGGUAAAUUCAAGUUGACGGCUGGAAUGUUCUAUGGAAACAAAGAGAAAGAUAAAGGUAUCCAGACAACUGAAGAUGCCAAGUUUUAUGCCUUGUCAGCACGAUUCAAGCCCUUCAGCAAUGAGGGCCAAAGCUUGGUGAUACAGUUUUCAGUGAAGCACGAGCAGGGGAUUGAUUGUGGUGGGGGCUAUAUUAAGCUCUUCCCGGAGGACCUGGAUCAAGAGAAAAUGAAUUCCAACUCAACCUACUACAUCAUGUUUGGCCCAGAUAUCUGUGGAAUGGGAAACAACAAGGUACAUGUCAUCCUUAAUUACAAAGGAAAAAACCAUGAAAAUAAUAAAACCAUCAAGUGCAGGAUCAAUAAGGACACUCACCUAUACACUCUGAUUCUUCGUCCGGAUUCCACCUAUGGGGUCAAAAUAGAUAAUGAGCUAGUGGCAGUUGGGGCCUUAGAAGAUGACUGGGAUUUUCUACCCCCGAAAAAAAUCAAAGAUCCUUAUGCAAGGAAACCUCGAAAAUGGGAUGAGCGACCCCAAAUUGUGGAUCCUGAUGACAAGAAGCCAGAGGACUGGCAAGAUUUUGAAAAAAUCCCGGAUCCAGAUGCGAAGAAACCUGAUGAUUGGGAUGAAGCAAUGGAUGGCAAGUGGGAACCCCCUUUGAUCCCAAAUCUAAAGUAUAAGGGUGAGUGGAAGCCUCGAAUAAUCGAUAAUCCAGAUUACAAAGGCGAGUGGGUGCAUCCCGAGAUUGACAACCCGAAGUAUAAACCAGAUCCCAAUAUUUACAGAUAUUACAACAUCAGUGUCCUGGGCCUGGACAUUUGGCAGGUAAAAUCUGGUUCGAUAUUUGACAAUUUCCUCCUGACAAAUGAUGAAGAAUUUGCAGAAAAAGUUGGAAAUCAGACCUGGGGAGUAAGAAAAGACCCAGAAAGGAUAUGGAGGGAAGCCUAUGAAGCAGAGGAAAAGAAAAAACAGCAGGAGGAGACCAAGAAAAAAAUGGAAGCCGAAGAUGAAGAAGAGAAGAAAUAUGCCGUGGAGGAAGAGGAGGAUGAGGAUGAGGAUGAAGAUGUUAACCAGCUUGAACUAGAAAAAGACAAAGAGCUGAAGGAAGAAGAAAACAAGGAUAAAGGAGGGAAUGGGACCCCUGAUGUAGACAUAAAGGAUGAAUUAUAG